AUGGACAGUGUGAAGAGGACGCCUGCUCAGUACCUACACCCCCCUGUCUCCCCCCUGUCAUCCCCGGUCACCCCCACCAUCAAACAGCUCGUUAAUAUGCGGACCCCACACAAUGACCUUAAUGACGAGAUCGGCCGUACCCUUGUGGGACACGGGUUAAUUAGCGACUUCUUGCCGCCCGAGCGUUUACACCGGAGAGCGCUGGUGCCCUUGGGGUCCUGCAGGUCGGACCGCCAACUCAGCGCGGCGCCCUCGACAACAAAACACAACGACAGCGAUUAA